AUGGCGGAAACCAUGGGAAUCGGAGAAGAUAAAUCAAUCAAAGGGUUGGAAGGCACUGGCUUAGUUUCACCCAUCAACCCUCACUCUAACUUGAAAAGCGCUUCCUCUGAUGAUGACUUCACCCAAAUCCUCACACAUGUCAAAACCUCCAAAAUUCCGGCUGUUAUCAAUUAUGGAGCUUCAUGGUGUCGAGUUUGCAGUCAAAUUCUCCCUGCAUUCUGUAGAUUGAGCAACAAAUUCCCAAAGAUGUCCUUUAUAUAUGCGGAUAUUGAUGAAUGCCCGGAAACGACUCAACACAUUCGAUAUACUCCGACGUUCCAGUUUUUUCGAGAUGGUGAAAAGGUAGAUGAGAUGUACGGUACUGGAGAAGAGAGGCUGCAUGAUCGUCUGUGGUUGCAUUCGUGA